AUGUCCGCAGCCGAGUUCCUCCAGGCUGAGGAUGCGUACUUCUCCACCAAUCCUCCUCCAAAGCAAUUGGCUGCUCACACGGCACUGGCCGAGGCCUUCAUAACGCAGCAUGUGGCGGCAAAUCGACGGGUUGUGCUCGUCACUUCGGGAGGAACGACGGUUCCGCUGGAGAAGAACACUGUGAGGUUCAUUGACAACUUCUCUGCCGGAACUCGUGGUGCUACCAGUGCCGAGUAUUUCCUCUCUGCUGGAUACGCCGUCAUCUUCCUCCACCGCCAGUUCAGCCUGCUCCCCUAUUCACGCCAUUACUCUCACUCAACCGACUGUCUCCUUGAUCUCCUCAGUGAGGAUGCUGAUGGUCGCGUUGCCGUCCGGCCCGACGAUUCUGAUAGAAUCCUUGAGGUUCUACGCAAGUAUCAGAGUGCUCGUCGCAACAACACUCUUCUCUUGUUGCCCUUUGUCACCAUUGGAGAUUAUCUGCACGAACUCCGCGCUGUGGCCCGGCUUAUGGCGCCGCUUGGCUCAUCCGGACUGCUCUAUCUCGCUGCAGCGGUAUCUGACUUCUUUGUUCCGCCAGAGCGUCUCUCCGAGCACAAGAUACAGUCUACCAACAUUAUUGAAAAGCUCUACCCCAAGGACAAGGAUUCAAAGACACCUUCACCACCCAUAGAAGAUGAGGAAACUUUUGACAAUUUUGAUGCCUCCCCUCGUGUGCCCCGGUCCAAGCGCCUCAUUAUUGAUCUGGAUCCCGUCCCAAAGUUCCUCAAAACUCUUGUUGAAGGCUGGGCUCCCUUGGGCAUGAUUGUCAGCUUUAAGCUCGAGACGGAUCCCCGCAUUCUCGUUCACAAGGCGCGCUACAGCCUUGAGCGGUACCAGCAUCAUCUCGUUGUGGGAAAUCUACUCUCAACGCGCAAAUGGGAAGUCGUCUUUGUUGCUCCAGGCCGAGAAGAUCAAUGGCUUCGCGUACCUCGGCACGGUGGCUGGGGUGAUGCCGAGGGAAGGCCGCUGCGGCCCGACGAGGCACCAGAAGGAGACCCAGAAGAAGAGAUUGAGGCUCUGAUUAUCCCGGCUGUGGCAGAACUUCACGACGCGCACAUUGCAAAGUCAAACAGCAUCGAAAAGAAAUAG